UUUAAUCAGCUGGCUUUCUCCUGUUCCUCAUCUCACACCUGAAGCAAAGCCGACAAUUAGGACUAUAAUCAACCAUGCGCUAAGAAGCACAGCAGACACAACAGACAUUACAUAAGCGUGGACUACAACUAAAAUGCAGUUCUUUGCUUUGGCUGUCAGACGUGAGGCGUUUUAUAUCAGGCAGGCAUGUAAUCUGCAGACAUUUGAUAGAGCCUGUAUGAAUUAAUAGGGCGGGAUAUGCAGCUGACUGACUGCCCUUUGACUGGAGGAUCUGAGAGUGCAGGUUGGAGAGUGCGCAGCAGACGAGGGGGCGGGUCAGUGACAAUUUGCAAUGGAGGACUCGAUUGAGAUGGUUCUGCAGGAGUAUGGCAGGGUCCUUCCUACAACCAGACCCCAUCCCGUACUGUCGGCCGGCACAGGCGUUCUGCUCACAGGCCUGUAUGGAGUGUGGAGCCUGUUUGCCAUGCCUGGCUUUCGCAAAGUCCCAUUGAACCUUAAGAAAGUCACAAGUACUGUCAGAGCAAGAUGGACAAGAAAAUAUGAUGAUCAGGAGCAGAUUAUCAGCAGUUUGGUUCCUUAUUUGCCUUCCAGUAAAGAUCAGACACUGAACACUAUGAAGCUGCUUGAGGGACGAACCGGUCGCUUAGCAGAUCUGGGAUCAGGAGAUGGAAGACUGGUGUUUGCAGCCUCUUCUGCUGGUUUCCAGUGCACAGGCUUUGAGAUCAACUCCAUCUUACUGGCAUAUGCCAGGAGGAAGGCCCAGUGGGCAGGUGUACCUUCCAGUCAGGCAACAUUUGUUAAAAAAGACUUUUGGAAGACUGAUUUAUCAAAGUACAACAAUGUGACAGCUUUUCUUGCCCCAGGAGUGAUGGAGGCACUCGGUGAGAAGCUGAUGAAAGAGCUUCCUGAUGAUGCGCGUGUCGUCGCUUGUCGUUUUCCAUUCCCCGACUGGCCACACCAAUCGUCUGCCGGCUCCGGUCUUGACCAGACUUGGGCCUAUGACAUGAGCACUGUUCGCUCAAGCCUGAGAAAUAUGUCGAGCACAAUGGUGUAGUGGUGUAGCAAAUAUCUCUGGGUUAUUUUGUUCCACAGAUGUUUCAUUCUCAACAGCAUUAAACACUCCAGACACAGAUCUGAACAAAAUAGUAUGUAAACUGUAAAAUGCACAUUUUUAAAGAUAAUCAUGAGAACAGUGGGGAAAUAAAUGUUAUCAGGACUGAAGCUUCUGAAAGAUGUCUUCGAAGAUUGCAAGGAUGAGAAGGACUCUGACUAAGCAAGAUGUCGGAGUGAUUUCGACAUCUCUUAGCCCCUGCAGUAUUUGUACAAUCUUUACACUGUCAGUACAGAUAUUGCACUGAGCCUUUUCCAUAUUGCUGACAAUCUUCUUGUAAAUAAAAUGCACCACUAUCGUGAA